AAUCCGAAGCCGCCCAUUUACAAACUAAUGACAGAUGAACAGCUGAUGCAGGCUGUACAGCAGGCAUCAGAGGAAGCGAAGAGGCAGCUGCAGAUGCCUCCUGUCCUUCCAGAGAGGAAGCCCAUCAAUGAUGUGCUGGCUGUGGAUAAGAUCCUGGAUGGCAUGGACACAGCUAAAUAUGCCUUCACAGACAUCACCUACAACGUCCCACACAGGGAGAGGUUUAUAGUUGUUCGGGAGCCUGGCGGUACUCUUCGAAAGGCCAGUUGGGAGGAGCGAGACCGGCUUGUUCAGGUCUACUUCCCCAAAGAGGGACGCAAAAUUUUUUUACCUCUCAUCUUUAAAGAGGAGCACCUGAAGGUGCAUGUAGCUGCAUAUGAGGACCUGGACAAAACCAACAGAUAUCACCUGCUGCAAUUCACCAGACAUUUUGGAGGCAUGGUUUGGUACCUGAUCAAUGCUCGCAGGAUGGACGGGCUGUUAGUGAACACGCUGAAGAAGGGACUGCUUCAGGAUGCUGUGAGCCUCGUGUCUCUGUUCCAUAUGGUCCAUCCCCACAGUGAGUCUGCUCAGGAAGCUGCCAGCCAGCAGGCCACUGGUACUGACCUGCUGAAGAUUUAUGCUGAGACUGAGUCCCAAAUGUCAGCCUUCAUCAAACUGGCUCUGCAGGCGUAUGAGGAGAGGACUGCAGAAGAAUCAGCUGCCUAACAUCCUCGCGCCGAGAUCAAACAGAACCAUUCACUCACAAUGAGGACGAAGACAAACUGCACAGCUGCUGCUGGGAUAAAUGUGGGACAUG